AUGGCAACGAAUCCCAACUCUCGCGCAGCGAAAGGUGACUUGGAGAGAGCGGAAAUGGAAAGCAAGCAAUGUGAUUUCGGGCCUACCACGGGGCUUGUACGAGGAAUCACAUUUAAGAUACUACCACUUUGCAGCUUCUUACUCAUCAUAUUCUCAGCCGGUGUCAUCCUGAUCUCGAAAUUUUCGUUCAAUAAACCACUGCCACACCAGGCGGCGCUUAUCAUAUCAAUUAUACUCCUGAUUUUCUUCGUGCUCUUCAGCUUCGGAUGGUUACACCUUCAUUAUCGAAAAUCGCUAUCUCAUGCUAGCGAUCGUUGGAAUCCUACAGGCCCCCCACGGCACAAUUCCGACGAUGGUCUCGGAGGGAAUCUAAUACGCACGGACACGCUUCAAGGCCAAGCACCUAGCCCUAGUGAAUACAGGAAGAGUAUUCAAGAGCAAGAAAAUAUAGCUCGAAGUCAGGAAAUGGUUCAUGAGUUGAGGGAUCCAAGCCACCAUGCAGUGCAACAUAACCAACAAUAUAGUAAUGGAAGCGCUCAAAUACCACCCUCAAGCCCAGCGCGACUCGGCUACUCUGAAGCCGCCAUAUCUCCCAAUAGCAUACUAUGCAAUGGGGUUACAAACGCUGAUUCAACAUCCGUACCCCAGUGCGAUCAAGCAUAUGCUUACAAAGAUACGCAAAAUCCUCAGAAGAGUCCACCAGUCCCGGUACCAGGGGGGGACUUGGCUCAGCCCCCUCCAGCGGCGAUGAUUAAAAUGCACCACUCGAUAGAUCCGAGCCACUUGUGUAUUCCCAAAACACGGCAACAAGUCAAGGGACCGAGAGACAUGCCUAGGCACAACGCCUCCAGUCGCAACAGCGACGCCCUCAAACCACCAUUGCCAACACCGGCAAACUCAGGAGGAGUGGGAUCUCAGCAACCGCAGACCGUACAAUUAGCGCCACAAGCUAUAAAUAAAUUGUCAAAACUGCCGACUCGAGGAGGGGAGAGGCAGGGACCCGAUCAUAAGCGCGAAGGCCCCCAAUCGCCUGGAUGUCGCGCAAAGAGUCUGAAGAUGAUAACCCUAGAAGGAAACAAAGCGGACGCAGUCCGUCGGAGAUUCUCCUUCGAGCUCAGCAGCGCAAAAGACAGCGUCAAUGAAGAUGAGAUACUGCGAGCAACACCUAGGGAAAUCCCUGGAUUCAGGCCGCGACACCCCUCUGCGGUCCCAGAGCCGCUGAAGCUAGUCUCUAAGAAGGAGCGCGUAGAUAUGAGGCAAGGCGAGGAUGAGCGCCCCGCUACUCACGAUGUAAUGGAGAUGCAGCCGCAGCCGCCACCAAUCGCAUAUGAAAUACCCAGGGAAGAGGAUGUAAGAGAAGAGUCCUUACAGGGAGGUCUUGGUCGACGACGACCGCGGAUCCCUCGGCGAAGCAGUAGUCGGAAACACCAAUAA